AUGGAGGAGAACAAUGGACUGAGAGUUGCUACCUUCAGUGACUCUGACUUCCUGAAACACCUGGAACUGGCCAUCAAGUUUGGAACACCCUUCCUCUUCCAAGACGUCGACGAGUACAUCGAUCCGAUAAUCCACAAUGUCCUCGCGAAGAACAUCCAGGGCGACAAGAACUGCACAUUUGUGGUGCUCGGUGACAAGGAAGUCGACUGCGAUUGCAACUUCCGACUCUACCUCAACACGAAGCUGUCUAAUCCGAGGUACGGGCCAAGGGUGUUCGGCGAUGCGAUUGUCAUCAACUGCACCAUCACCGAGGCGGCGCUGGAAGACCAGCUGCUCGGAAUCAUCGUCAGACACGAGCAGAGCAGUUUGGAGGAGAAGAGGCAAAUGCUGGUUCACACAAUCAGCUUUGGCCAAUCCUUUUAUUACUGUGAGUAUGAUCUGAACGGAGGCGUCCUCAGUUGGUCUGCUCACGGUCACAUGCCCAAUUCUCAAGAGGGUCAGUCAUAG